CUACACUGGGUUUGGCUUGGCACUGUUCAGCAAAUAAGCAGCCAUCUUGGACUCCGCAACCUAGCCAGGCAACCCUUAGUAUUGGGAUGGGAGGAAUUUAACCAAAACUUUGGUGUUUCAGAAAAAAAUCUUAAGAAGAGGGAGCUGUCGGCCAUCGGAGCCUGAACAUUUACCGGAACUUAAAAUACCCAAACCGGCAGCAAAAUCUGAAACCGGUUUUACGCGAGCGGGCACCCCGUCCCCCCCCCCCUUUCCUUGUCUGAACGUUGUGUGCAGUUUUGCGGGCCUGAUAACUGUUUGUGCUUAGUUGAAGUAGCUUUUUAAAAGUGCUUUUCGUUGAAAAACAAAUCGAGAAACUUUGGCAUAUGGUUAUGGUGUGCGUAAGCCGAGAGUACAGGAGUUUGCCUUUUGUGCCGCCAGUGGACUUAGCCGUUGGGUACCGUAAUGCGGCUUGAUAAAUGACUUUAUUCACGUUGAGUACCUUCCGGCGCUGACUGGGGCCGAAACUUGGAUCCAUGGUCUUCAUCAGCUGUUGGAUACCCGCUUUCCACCCUUCGGACUGAGGUGCUGCAAUUCGACAGACUUGGACAGGAGGACCACUUUGGAGAUCGAGACGCAUUAAAAUGUCAACGAGAACGCCACUGCCUACUGUGAAUGAGCGCGAAACAGAAAACCACACCUCGCUCGGCGAUGGGAGGCCAGAGGCGGGCACGCGGACGGGUCGCACCGGCACCCGCUGCCACAACUCCGUCGCCUCCUGCGCCGACGAACAGCCGCACGUCGGCAACUACCGGCUGCUCAAAACCAUCGGCAAGGGCAACUUCGCCAAGGUCAAACUGGCGCGACACAUCCCCACGGGCCGGGAGGUGGCCAUAAAAAUUAUUGAUAAGACACAGCUUAAUCCAACCAGUCUCCAAAAGCUCUUCCGGGAAGUAAGAAUAAUGAAGAUCCUAAACCAUCCGAAUAUCGUAAAACUCUUUGAGGUGAUAGAGACAGAGAAAACUCUUUAUCUGGUAAUGGAGUAUGCCAGUGGAGGGGAGGUGUUCGACUACCUCGUAGCACACGGCCGGAUGAAGGAGAAAGAGGCCAGGACUAAAUUUAGACAGAUCGUCUCAGCCGUACAGUACUGCCAUCAAAAACACAUCGUGCACAGAGACCUCAAGGCGGAGAACCUGCUCCUGGACGCCGACAUGAACAUCAAGAUCGCCGACUUCGGCUUCAGCAACGAGUUCACGGUGGGCAGCAAGCUGGACACGUUCUGCGGCAGCCCACCCUACGCCGCGCCCGAGCUCUUCCAGGGCAAGAAGUACGACGGGCCCGAGGUGGACGUCUGGAGCCUGGGGGUCAUCCUCUACACGCUGGUCAGCGGCUCGCUGCCCUUCGACGGCCAGAACCUGAAGGAGCUGCGAGAGCGAGUGCUGAGAGGGAAGUACCGCAUCCCCUUCUACAUGUCCACCGACUGCGAGAACCUCCUCAAGCGCUUCCUGGUGCUCAACCCGGUCAAGCGGGGCACGCUCGAGCAAAGCAUGAAGGACCGGUGGAUCAACGCGGGCUUCGAGGAGGAGGAGCUCAGGCCCUUCCUGGAACCAGAGCUUGACAUCUCCGACCAGAAGCGCAUAGACGUAAUGGUGGGGAUGGGUUACUCCCGCGAGGAGAUCCUUGAGUCUCUGACCAGGAUGAAGUAUGACGAGGUCACUGCUACCUACCUGUUGUUGGGCAGGAAACCCACGGAGUUGGAGGCCAGCGACUCCAGCUCCAGCAGUAGCCUGUCUCUGGCCAAAACACGGCCCAACGGCGAGCACAACGGCCAGUCGCCAUCUCACCUCAAGGUCCAUAGGAGCAUCUCCAACCAGAAGCAGCGGCGCUACAGUGACCAGGCGGGACCGUCCAUUCCCUCGGCGGGCUACCCCAAGAGGAGCCAGACAACCACAGCCGAGAACGAGCACAAGGAGGAGGGCGGCGUCCAGCCCCGCAAGUCCAGCUCCUCCGGGAGCCGCGGAAUGGUCCCGCCCAGCCCCGUGAUGGGCAACGCCAACAACCCCAACAAGGCCGACAUUCCUGAGCGCAAGAAGGGAUCCGCGCCCCCCGGGGGCAAUUCUGCGCUGGGGGGCAUGACCAGGAGAAACACGUACGUGUGUAGUGAGCGCAGCAUCGGCGACCGCCACUCCGUCAUCCAGAAUGGCAAGGAGAACAGCCUUAGUGAGAUGGCGGCGUGCGCCCCCGUGAGCCCCUCGCCCUACGCUGCUGCCCUCACCGCCUCGUCGGCCUCCGUCCGUCUGCGGCACCAGAAGCUCGUGCCGGCUUCGGCCUCGGGCCACACCUGCCGCUCCACGCUGCCCCCUAGAGACGGCGCCACAGAGCUCUUCAGGCCCAACACCAGCACAGGCGGCGGGCCGCGACACCCUGGCGCCUCCACCCACAGCGUGAGCAGCACCACCCCGCCAGACCGCCUGCGCUUCCCACGCGGCACGGCCAGUCGCAGCACCUUCCACGGCGGGCAGCUGAGGGAGCGCCGCACGGCCACGUACAACGGACCGCCAGCCUCGCCCACGCUCUCCCACGACGCCACGCCGUUCUCGCAGUCCCGUGGCCGCGGCUCCGCCAGCCUCUUCACCAAGCUGACGUCCAAGCUGACGCGCAGAAACAUGUCAUUCAGGUUUACCAAAAGAGUGCCGACAGAGUUGGAGAGGAACGGCAGAUAUGAGGAGUCAAGCCGCAACGUGUCAGCCGAGCAGAAGGAGGAGCCGAAGGACACCAAGCCGCGCUCCCUGCGCUUCACGUGGAGCAUGAAGACCACGUCGGCCAUGGAGCCCACGGACAUGAUGCGCGAGAUCCGCAAGGUGCUGGAUGCCAACAACUGCGACUAUGAGCAGCGCGAGCGCUUCCUGCUCCUCUGUGUCCAUGGCGACGGUCACGCCGAGAGCCUGGUCCAAUGGGAGAUGGAGGUGUGCAAGCUGCCCCGCCUCUCGCUGAACGGCGUGCGUUUCAAGCGGAUAUCGGGGACGUCCAUCGCGUUCAAAAACAUUGCCUCAAAAAUCGCCAACGAGCUAAAGUUGUAAAAGAAAGAACAAAAAAAUAUAUUUGGCAGCAAAAAUGUGAAAAAGUGACAAAAGGACUAAAGCACACAAAACUACUAUAAUCAAGUUGUACAUUCUUUUCUCUUUUUUGUGAAAAAGUAGCAAAUUUAAGGAUUAUUUUCCUCAAACACUUAGAAAAUUAUGUUAUAAAAAUAAUGUAUAGAAUCAUGCCAUAGGCAAUAAUUUCCUGCAUCAUUGAAGCAUUAUUAUUAUUAUUAUUAUUAUUAUUAUUAUUAUUAUUAUUAUUAUCAUUAUUAUUAUUAUUUGUGCAAAUGAUGGUCUGAAGCUGAAGAUAAAGAAGUGAGGUUGGCGGUUUUGAUUCAUUUGAACUUAUGCACUACUGCGUUAGAUGCCCCGCAGGCCCUGUUGUUUAGCACCCUUGACUUAAAACAGUUGGGCCUCGGGAAGCCACAGUAUUCGUCCAGUGCAGCGUCCUCGCGCACUUAGCGCGGCCCCUCUUUAGCGGCAGACGGAAUGUGCUGCGUUUCAGGAGCCCUCUCGUGUAACCGGGGAGGAAGUGAGCAGGACCUGUCGCACUGCGCUGCCCCACCCCACGUACGACUGUGCCACGGAAACGGCCCGCGGCAGCGGUCAGCCGACGCACAUCGGCGGCAGGGCGCGGCUUCGGACCGGGCCGUCGCAAUGGACCGUGGGACUGAGUUAAAGGAUUUUGCGGUGAUAAAUGAACAUAAAAAGGAAGACUUGCUGAGGCCAGGAGGGUUUUCGUACCUGACCUGUUUGAAUAUUCAGUUUAUUUCCGUAUGAAGUUAGUUUGUUUUAAACAGAUAUCGGGCGUUCCUACUCCGAUGAGGCUGAAGGGGCCAACUUUGAAAGUUUCGACUCCUGUCAUUUUCAAGUCUCCAUGUUCACUCCCAUCCCUAAGAAACAAUGGCACUGUUUGGAUUACCUUUUUCUGGAAUGUAAAUAUUGUACCUUAGUUUUGCAGCAGCUACACAUUGAUAUACUUCCUCUUUUUCUUUUGUAAGCCUGGCUGUGAGUUGGAAAGUAUGGAAAAUAAUGUACUCAUCACAGGAUAAGGUAAAUCAGUGUCUCCAUUAAAACACCCUAAAAGCUA